AUGAGGUGGUGCGAAUUGACUGGAGUUCUUCCAUUUUUGUUAUAUAAUUUAGCGUACUGUCAACAAAACGAUGAUGUUGGCCUCUUUCCUCACAUCUUCAACCUUGCCACCAAAGCCAAAAUCACCACAAAUGCAACAUGCGGCGAAGAUGGUCCCGAGAAUUACUGUCGCCUGGUUGAAAUCAUCCCAGAUGAGCAGACAACAAACAUUAAUCCACAAUGUCUGAUAUGCGAUCAGAACAGUCCUUAUCCAAAAGAACGCCAUCAAAUUACCAACGCCAUCGACGGGACUGGUUCCUGGUGGCAGAGUCCCUCGAUAUCAAAUGGUGGCCAGUUUCAUUACGUCACCAUCACCCUAGAUCUUGGGCAGGUUUUCCAAAUCGCUUAUGUUAUCUUAAAAGCUGCUAACUCGCCGCGCCCCGGCAACUGGAUUUUGGAGCGGUCUGUUGAUGGCAUCGUCUACCGGCCCUGGCAGUACUAUGCCAUGAGUAAUGAGGAAUGUUACAAUGUCUAUGGUAUCCCGGCAACCAACAACAUGUGGCAUUUUGAUCGAGACGAUGAAGUGAUUUGUACUUCGUACUAUUCCAAAUUAGAACCACUGGAAAACGGAGAGAUACACACAUCAUUGGUUAACGGAAGACCAUCAAGUUCUAUGAGUCCAUCCGAAGAAUUUCUUAAUUUCACAAUGGCCCGUUUCAUCAGAUUUCGGUUUCAGCAAAUCCGCACACUUCAUGGAUAUUUAAUGAGUGAGCAAGAGCAAGAGGGUAACAGUGACCCCUUAGUAACAAGAAGGUACUAUUACUCAGUCAAAGACAUCUCUAUUGGUGGACAGUGUAUGUGUUUAGGACAUGCAAGAACAUGCGUGCAAGAUCCAUCAUCUCCAGCAAACAAUCCGAUUUUACUUUGCAUAUGUGAACAUAACACAUGUGGGAGUAGCUGUGAACAGUGUUGUCCUGGUUACAAUCAGAAACCAUGGAAACCAGGCAGUCAAAGAGAAGGGAAUUUGUGUGAACCUUGUAAUUGUCAUGGCCAUGCAAACACAUGUUACUAUAGUGCUGAGGUUGCUAGACGGCAAGAAAGUUUAAACGUGUUUGGGAAGUAUGAUGGUGGCGGCGUCUGUAUUAACUGUCGACACUAUACUGCGGGGAACAAUUGUGAGACGUGUAAAGAUGGUUUCUACCGCCCUCUAGGAAUCGAACCUGAUGAUCCAUUCCCAUGUACUAGGUGUCAGUGCCAUCCAGUUGGGACCAAAGUGACCUUUGACUUCAUGAUGAUGUGUAUCAAGAGUGACAGGGAUAUUCCUUCUGGAAAAAACCCUGGGGACUGCAUUUGCAAGGAAGGAUUUGAAGGGCCCAAGUGUGACAGAUGUGCAUUUGGUUACCGUGGAUUCCCGCUAUGCAUGCCAUGUCCAUGCAGUGCUCUUGGAAGCUUGAACUCUGACCCUUGCGAUGAGCCAUGCUUAUGUAAACGUAAUGUUAUUGGAAGCCAGUGCAGUGAAUGUAAACCUGGCUACUUCAACCUGCAGAGGUACAACCCAAUGGGCUGCACAAAGUGCUUCUGUUUUGGCCUGACAACCGUCUGCGACAGUGUACCUUGGGGUAUCAAGAAGAUUACAACAAUGUCUGGCUGGCUUGUCACAAACUUUGACAGAUCAAGUUCAAUACUUCCGCAAAAAGAUGCCAUCACCCAAAUAUCCAUUGAUCAUGAGGCCGUGGUGCAGCGACUGCAAACACAAAAUUAUUACUGGAGCGCCCCCAGCGAGUACCUUGGAAGAAAGUUGACUGCAUAUGGUGGCAAGUUUAAAUUUACGAUUUUGUAUGAAACUGGUAGACUAGGCAUUAAAUCUAUCCCAGGAAUAGACCUUAUAAUACAGGGAAAUGGUAUAAUCCUGUACAGGAGCUUUCUUUCUAUUGACUCUGAAGAAGACAAGGCUGUCAGUAUACUGAUGACUGAAGAUGGAUGGAACGUCUACGAUGAAAAUGUAGAUAUAAGGAAAGGGUUGAACGGUCGGCAAGCAACGCAGAGCGAUUUUAUGUCGGUUUUAGCGAGCCUGAACAGAUUGCAAAUUAGAGCCAGCUAUAGCAAUGCAGCAACUAUCUCCAGGUUGAAAGAUGUGUCGCUAGAUGUCGUGUCAGAGGAUAACACAGACCCGCAAGCUGAAUUUUACACUAGUGUUGAACGAUGCAUGUGCCCUCCAACCUUUGAAGGGUUGUCCUGCGAAGAAUGUGAGGUUGGCUAUCGGCGUGUGGGCGGACUGUUACUGCAAGGGGAAUGUGAAAGCUGUGAUUGUAACAACCAUGCUCUCAGCUGCGAUGACAUUACUGGCGAAUGCCUCACAUGCCUGCAUAAUACCUAUGGACCGAAUUGUGAGUACUGUCUGCCCGGUUUCUAUGGCAACCCACUGAUUGGCAGGGUGGAUGAUUGCAAGCGUUGUGCUUGUCCUCUUUUGGAAACGAGUAAUAGUUUCAGUCCAACAUGUCAAGUUGACAGGAAUCUUGGGUAUAUCUGUAAUCAAUGUCAAGAAGGCUACGAAGGUCGUCGAUGUGAAAGAUGUGCAAGUGGAUAUUUUGGAGACCCGACUAAAGUUGGUGAUACGUGUAAACCAUGUCAGAUAGUCUGCAAUAAUAAUAUAGAUCCCUCUGUCCCCGAAAGCUGUGAUCGUAUCGAGGGAAAGUGCCUAAAAUGUGUUUACAACACAGCUGGGGAUAGAUGUGAACGAUGCACCGAUGGUUAUUAUGGUGAUGCUGUAUACAAUCGAAACUGCCAAGCUUGUCGGUGUGAUGCUGUUGGUUCCAUCCUACCCACCUGCAACCACUUCACAGGUGCCUGUCUCUGUAAACCCCAGGUGACCGGUCGCAGGUGUGAUAGAUGUCAGCCUGGAUACUUCAAUGUCUCUGACACUGGCUGUCUUUCGUGUCAAUGUAACAACCUAGGAUCUGUGAAUGGCAAUUGCGAUGGUGUAACAGGACAGUGCAUUUGUAAAGCGGGGGUGACAGGUGUACACUGCAACCAGUGUGCGCCAGGUUUCUACUCAUUCUCAGCCAGAGGUUGUCGAGCCUGUGAUUGUGGAGUUGGAGGUUCCUGUAAUCCAGUUACUGGAGAUUGCAUGUGUCCCCCCAACACUGAAGGAAUAAGCUGCAAUAGGUGUGCACCCAACACUUGGGGAUACAAUCCCAUCGAUGGUUGCAAGCCUUGUAACUGCAGCACUAUUGGUUCCAGUGACCCUCAAUGCGACCACAACACUGGUAAUUGUGUAUGUGAUGGGCAAUUUAUGAAGCCGUUUUGUGACAGGUGCAAAUUUGGCUACCUAGAUUUUCCCACCUGCAGGAAAUGCAAAUGUGAUACUGCUGGUUCGGAGCCAAGCAGUUGCUAUGGCAAUAGAUGCAGCUGUGAGAACGAUGGCCAAUGUGAUUGCAAGUCAAGUGUCAAAGGUAAAAGGUGUAACAAAUGCAGAAAAGGUUCAUUUAGUCUCCAAGCAGCCAUUCCCAGUGGCUGUGUUAGUUGUUGGUGUUCAGGAGUUACUUCACAGUGUAAGGCAGCAGACUAUAUCAUGAAAAAGGAGGUAUUGCAUUUUCCAAAAGAUGAAGAACAAUUACGAAAUGUGUUAACAUCACACCCUGAUUGGAUGUUUGUGCUAAGCAACAGGGAUCAGAGUGUCAUCACUGAAGCUGGUCUAAAUGUGAUGAUAGAGGGCGUAGUUGUUGAUCUGAGGUUUGCUGGACCAGCUGUUGGUUCACAUGUGUAUCUGAAUCUACCAAAACAGUACCUUGGUAAAAAGCUUAAUUCAUACGGCGGUAAGCUGACUUACAUGAUCCAGACAACUUCCGGUAUGGUUCUUGAUGAUGAUGAGCCUGACAUUGUGGUCAUAGGCCGUGACAGAGUACUGACAGCAGUAGCUGACCAGUCAGGUUCACUGAGAAUGCUGGAAUUAUUGGAGGUGAAUUUUCUUCAAAAUGACGACGUUCAAGCCACUGUAAGUCGUAGCGAACUAAUGGACGUAUUUACUGAUAUUGAAGCGAUUCUAUUACGUGUGUCGUACGGUGAGAGUCCAAUGGUUGUUAGCAUUACUGAUAUCGAACUAGACGUUGCUGUGCCACAGAAUGGAAGGUCAGGAGAUGCGGCUCUUUCCGUUGAGCAAUGUGAUUGCCCACCAGGGCAUGAAGGGCUUUCUUGUGAGCAAUGUUCUCCAGGAUAUCUUUACAUUACUAAUGGUCCAUUUGCUGGUAGAUGUGAGGCCUGUACCUGUAAUGGACAUUCAGGUCGCUGCAACUCCACAACUGGUAUUUGUCUGGACUGCCAACACAACACCUUUGGACUAAGAUGUGAAAAGUGCUCCCCAGGCUACUAUGGUGAUGCCACUCAAGGCACAAGCAACGAUUGCAGGCAGUGUGCCUGUCCACGAGCGGGAGUUAUUGGAAAUUUCAGCCCCACUUGCUCGCUUGCUGAUGACGGUGACUUGAACUGUACGGCUUGUGCCCCUGGAUACACCGGCAGAUAUUGCCAGCAGUGUGCAGAUGGUUACUAUGGUGACCCGACUACUGGAGAUGGUAUGUGUUCAGUAUGUGAAUGUGAUGUCCUUGGUUCAGUUUCCAACAUAUGCGACAAGGUCACAGGUCACUGCACAUGCUUAACAGGAGUCAUGGGACGCUUAUGUGACCAGUGUGAACCCUUAUACGGUCUUGAGGAAGGUGGAUGCGUUUCAUGCUAUGAUAACAACUGCACUGGAAGACUGCUGAAUAUGAUCGACUCAAUGCGGUCACCCAAAUUCUCAUUAAAAGUGACUGCUGUUGCCCCAUGGCCUACCCUCAUCAAACUCGAAAAUGAAACCAUUGAACUUAAGAAAAAAUAUGAAGCUGCGAGAUUGACCAAGCCGGCUGACGUUAGACAGCUAGACAAAACACUGAAAGACUUGAAGAAGAAAGCAAAACGACUGGUGAAAGAGUCUGUUAAUGUUGAGGGAAAUGCUGAAGACUUAUAUGAGAGUGCUGAAGAUACCAGACAAGAGGCAGGAAUGUUGGAGAAUUAUAUUAAUGACCUUUCCAGAAAGGUGCAAGAUACUAUAGCAUUUGCAAGAAACCAAAUUGAAAACUUUGCUACCAAACCAGUCCAAGAAGGUAAACUAAUUCUGGAGGAGGCUAAAAGGGUAGUGGCAGAAAUUGAGGCAAAGGAUUUUAGUGGCCAGUCAGAUGUGACAAAUCAGGAAUUAGCAUUAAGUCAAGACCUCCUUCGAAGAGCUCAGUCUUUAGCAGACCAGAAUACAGGUAACCUAAACAGCGUGAUCACAUCCAUCCUUCGAAAGCUGAAUGACGUAAACAAUAAGUUUGUAGAGAUUAUUGAUUGGAGUACGCAAGCUAACAACGCAUCCGAGUCGGCUCACUUGUUGAACCUCAAGAGCUUGGCCAAUGAGAGACAAGUUGAUAUGAAAAUAUAUUCAGCUGGUUUGUCAGCCAAAGACACGGAGAAGAAUUUGAAAGAUGCUCAAGCUUUGUUAAUAGAGGCCAACAGGUUCCUCAGUAUUAGUAUCGCAGAAUCACAGAUAUUACAAGCAGACUACAACAACCUGACAAAGCAUGUUGAAGACUUGAGCAUAGUUACUGGCCUGCUUGCCCAGAACCUGCUCCCUCUGCAAGGAAUAGUAGACACGGCCGGCAGCCAUGCAGAUGAUUUACAGAAGAUAUCAAUGACUAUUAACGACUUAUUUGGACCAACAAAAAACUAUGCUGAAAAUGCACUAAAAGCAGCAAAUGCAUACAGCGAUAUUGUGCGGGCAGUUCAAGAAGCUGAUGCGGCCAGUAAGAUUGCACGUAAUGCAUCUGAUGAGGCAUUUAAAACGAGCUACCCUGAAGGAGGUCCAUCAUUACCUGAUCGUGCUAAGUCAGCUCUGACCAAAAGUAACAACCAGCUAAAGACUGCCAACAGAGCCAAAAAUCGGUCUCUGGCAUUGAAAGAAAGGUUGAAUGAAGCCAUUGCUAAAUUCACCACCAUUCAAUCUCUUCUUGAGGAUGGCUUUAUAGAGCUGGACAGAAUCAUUGGCGUUCUUGCAUCAUUCGAUAGAGAUCUUGGGUCGAAAGCUAUUGCAGCAACAGGAAUUGCAAACAAAGCAGAGCUGACUGCGGUGAAUGCAAAGGGUAUAGCAAAUGCUGUAUACUUAGGGGUGGCGUUAAGUACUGCAGCGUAUCAGAAAGGAUUGGAGGAUCAGAAUGCAGGAAAUGCUGCUCUUGAGGAAGCUGAUAAGACAAUCUCUCGACUUGGCGCUUCAUUUCGUGUUGUGCGUGAAACAACUACUGCUGUGGAAUCAAAAGUUCAGGAGUUCAACACUAUGAAUAGUCUAGUGAUCGGGAAAUUUGCAAUGCUGAAGGAACAGAUACGACAAGCAAGAAGCGUUGCUUCAAGUAUCCGUGUUUCGCUUCAAUCUGGAGGAACUUGUGCCCGAUCUUACAAACCCCAGCUGACUUCAUCCUUCUAUAACACUCUCAUUGUUAAAGUCAAAAUCCAAGGGGGUAAUCAUCUAAUAUUUUACAUGAAUAACACUGAAUCGUCUGACUUUAUGUCGUUGGAGGUGUUGGAUAGGCAAGCAGCGCUUACGUUUGACUUGGGUUCAGGCAGCUACAGACUGACUCAUCCCGCCGUGAUAGAGGAUAAUAUUUGGUACAAAAUUGAGAUGAUACGGUCUGGCCGACAGGCCUCGCUGAAUGUCAAUACUAUAGCGACGAAAGACGAGCAACAAAACUUGCCAGAAAAUGGCGCAUCUCCAGAACCUGAUACAAUUCUUACAUUCAACGAGAACAGUCACUUUUUUGUUUCCGGAUUACCUGCUGGAGAAUCAGAUUCGCAGCUGACAGCCACAACAUUUACCGGCUGCUUAGAUACUAUUGUGUUCAACGAAAAUGUUGUCGCUCUGCACAACUUCUUAACGUCCAGUGGUAAUUGCAGUUUGUGUUCCCGAGCUCCGGAAGAAGAGGUUAGCAACGCAGAUGAAUACCGCUUUGAAGGGACUGGCUAUGCUAUACUCGAACAAAACGAUAUACCAAUUGAUACAUUUAAAAUGUCAAUCAAGACAUACACGGAGGAUGCCCUCGUUUUCUAUGCUGCAUCAGAAGAUCAGAACAUGUUUAUGUCAUAUGAAAUGAUUGGGGGAAGGCUUGUUUACAAGUUCAGUUUUGGCAGUGAGACAUUCAACAUCACAUCCCAUAUGAAGUUGAACGAUGGAGUGUGGCAUCAGAUUUAUACCAAGCGAUCAGGCAAACAAGCCGUGAUGAAGAUUGACAGUGAACCGUGGAUUGUCAUCACAUUUGAAUCUACCAACAAAGACCUUACAAUUGACGGAAAACUUUACUUUGGUGGCUUAGAUAUGAUGUAUCAGUUAAGAGUUGAUGUGACUCGUACACCGUUUCGUGGAUGCAUAAGACAAGUGGACUUCAGUGGUGAGCUUGUGUCGUUCAAGACCAGCAAAGACUUUUCGGGUGUUACCUUUGGAUGUGUUACACGGCCCUCCAGAGUGGUCAGUUUCCAAGGGGAAGGUUACCUUGAAUUGGAAGGGAUUAAUCUGCCAUCAAAUGCAGAUAUUACACUCACGUUUUCUACUCACCAAGAGGACGGACUCUUCCUUCAUGCUGUCAACAAACAAAACCGCAGGAAAAGGAAUAAUGUGGACAACACAGAGAGUGGUUAUUCCAUCUACUUGAGUGGCGGCCAUGUUGAGGUAGUUGUAAAUGCGGGUCUUGGUGAACGCAUUGUAAAAACAAAGAAAAGCAAUGGAAUGUAUAAUGAUGGACAGCCACACGUAGUGACAGUUGAAAAGAGAGGAAAAAAAAUCAAGUUGUAUGUCGACGACAUUGCUGUGCCCAAAAGUCGUAAGCUACCAGGUAGCGAGGAGAAGGUUGCUGUUACAUCUAUAUUCAUUGGCGGUGCACCCCCUGAAUAUUCCACCCCGGUCCCUCCCCUCUCGGGCUGCAUUCAAGAUGUCAUUAUUAGAGAAAGACCCAUUGACUUUGCUAACUAUACUAGCUUUUCCAAUGCAGCCAUUGAUGUAUGUUCAGUACCAAAGCCAACUGUGUCGGCAGAAGCCUUAACUGCUGCUGUAACCGCGACAAUGUCCAUUGACCUAGCAGCUAUUGUGACAUCUCAGAACCAACAACCACUAAUUGGACAGGAAUCAACAUUUACACCGCCCCAGUGUUACUAUGGUUCAUUAGAGACACUUGGAGGCGCUCGUCAGUUUGGUCUUACAAAGAACAGCCGUCUUGAAUAUAAUACAAGUUCACUACUACGUAAAAUGCAGAAAUUAAUUGACCUAAAGGUUGAAUUUCGAACUGUGAACUUUAUGUCUGGAGUUUUAGCCUUCAUGCGUUCAGAGGAUGAUUCCGUUUUCUUUGGAUUGUACCUGGUCAAUGGGCUUGUUGUUUUCCAAUUCGAUAACGGAGAGGCAAAGGAGCAGGUGUUAAUGGAGACAGUCGUAGAUGAUGGACUUUGGCAUCAGAUUAUUGUGAACAGAAAUCGCCGUACAUGCACAUUGACUGUAGAUGGGAAGCCAGAGCGUGUCAAAGCAAAAACAUGGACUAAUUACAAAAUGAAACUUCAACCGCCAUUGUACAUUGGAGGAAUUCCUGACAAGGCUAGUACCAGAUUAUUGUCACAAGUUCCCACUACCUUCAAUGGAUGUAUACGGAAAUUUGAGUUGAAUUAUACUCCAUUAGAUCUAGCUGCCAUCAAUAAAAGUUAUCAUGUUUCCAGCUGUUUCACGCCAACGGAACAGCCCCCGUCGUAUCAUUUUCUUGGACAAGGGUUUGCUGCCUAUCAAGAAAAUUUUCGAGUUGGUGAACAUUUUGAAAUGGUUUUGCAGUUCAAGACAAAUAAGAGUUCUGGAGUUCUUCUAUUUGCAAAUAGUGAUGUCAACAGUGAUAUGCUGCUGUUAGAACUACAUAAUGGAACGAUAAUUUUCAAGGUUGAUAACGGACAGAAUCUGAUAUCCUUGACCUUUACAUCCGACUCUGUACUAUGCGACUUCAAGUGGCACAAACUACACAUCAUUAAAAAUGGUGUCCAGUUGUAUCUUGAUGUUGAUGAUAGCGAUAGACCGCAUGAGUUUACCGGUACAGGAACCACAACCAGCACCGAUACUACCAGUCCGUUAUAUUUUGGUGGUGUACCAAGUUCAUUACAAGAAAAAUUAGGACUCUCACCAACAAUGGGUUUCACUGGCUGCUUCAAGAAUAUUCUACUGAAUAGUAAAGAUGCUGUUGAUGAUCCUGUUGAUCUAUCCAUGGCAUACAAGCUGGACCAUGUCAUACUAGGAGUCUGUCCUCAAGGUUGAAAGUAACAAGAAGUUUCAUUGGCUACUAAUUUAAAAGUAUUUAUUCAGAGAUUGCUACAAUCAACCAACCUGGAAUAGUGUUCUUUGAAUACAUACCAACUGGACCAUGUCAAACCAGGAAUCUGUUCACAAGGUUGAAAGUAACAAGGAGUUUCAUUGGCUACUAAUUUAAAAGUAUUUAUUUAGAGAUUGCUACAAUCAACCAACCAGGAAUUGUUCGCUUAAUACAUACCAACUGGACCAUGUCAUGCUAGUAAUAUAUCCACAAAGUACCAGAGAAUUUCAUUUACUACUAAUUUGAAAGUAUUUAUUCACAGAUUGCUACAAUCAGCGAAUCAGGAAUAGUGUUCCCUUAAUAUACUGUUUCUAAUGGUGUUUUACGGUACUAUUUUGGUGAACAUAUAUAUACGGUCAUUGUUGUUGAUUGCCUUCAGUGUAUUUCGUUACGCACAAUGUUGUAUGAUAUAGAGAGAUAAAUUUUCCCCUUUACCUUCAUGCCCUACUAGACUACUAGAUACACCACUGGUUGUGUAGUGUAUCUGAUAACCGCAAACAUUUUAAAAUCAAUCUGGUUUCCAUCUCACAUAAAUGAAGGAUGUGUAUUCAGAGGAAUUCUUUUUAUAAUUAGCCGAGACUUUUUUUUUUAUACCUUGUUUAGUUUUUUCUUACACCCUCCACUGCCUUGAAAUCUCCAAAGAUAAGAUAUGUAUACUUUUUUCCUAAUUAUAUAAAUUUGAAGCAUUUAGCCAUCCUAUUUUACAUUCACCAAUAAAAUUUUAUUUUUAUUUUCUCCUCCAUUUAGAUGUUUUUGUCAGAACUAUUUGCCAAAUAAGAAAACAAGAUUUUAUUUUUAUUCCGCCCUCCUUUGAGGAUCUUUAAAAAAAUAAGUGCGCAGAACAAGGAAUAAAAUAAUUUUAGCCUUAGGAUGGAAGUCCACUAGGAUAUGAAGCAAUGUUGCAAGGUUUGAAUGCUGUAGCAAUUCAUACAAAUGCGUAUUUUUUAAAUGUGAAGGGUUUCCUAAUUUCAAAAUUCAGACUGUGAACUGAUUAGGUGCAUAGCAUUAAUUGUGAGCUGGAUAAUUUUCUUACAUAACUUCCCGAUUUUUGUGUUUGAUUAAAAUUUAAUCAGUACUUAAACUUUAACAACAGCAUUUAAUUUUUUAAAUCAAUGUAUUGAAUCAAGUCACGUUGCAACCACUUUUUGAUUGAUGCUUCAUAAGGGAAAUAAAAGUAUCAUUGAUGAGCACAGUAAAGGUAACAUAGGACAACAUUUAAAAGAUCAUGAUAUUAGUGCUACUGAAACUGUUAAUUAUUUCAAGGUUUUAUCCAAGUUCAAAUCCAAGUUUGAUUGCUUAAUUAAAGAAAUGC